UUCUCUUAACUUCAAGUUUUCAUAGAGAUCAAGGGAGAAAAUAAAUUUCUCUUAAACGUUAAUAAACUGUUACAGUAAUUUUUUUUUUUGAGAAAUUGUAGUAGUAAACGUAAAGAAUAAGACAUCAUGAAUGCAGCAGAAACUAAACAAUUCUUCAUGAAUUCUUUAACAUCAACAUUCUUUUCGGCGGGUAUAGCAAUCGGGAGUAAUUUGAACCUCUUCGAUAAGCUUCUACAGUUGGAUUCGCCUGUAACUUGCAACGAAUUUGCUAUUAAAUGCGACUUGAAGGAAAGGUAUAUAAGAGAAUGGUUGGGUUUAAUGGUUUCAGGACGAGUAAUUUCGGUUGAUGGUUCUGAAGAUGAAGACAAAUACUUUCUUAGUGAAGAUCAAAAGACUGGCAUUAAAGAGUCAGGAAAAGUAAUGAUACUUACAGAACUUGCGAAUAAGUUUAUUGAACAUAGUGAUAAGCUUAUUUCUUGCUUUAAACCGGAUGGACCAAGAGGAAUUACUCACGAAACCUACGACUCUAAUGGAGCAUUUGACCUUCUUGGAAAAUUUCGCUCGUUAGCGGAUUCUUCUGCUGAACAGGACGCAAUUAUUAAACAAGUACCAGGAUUGAAAGAAAAGUUAGAAACUGGUAACUAUAAAGUAUUAGAAAUUGGAUGUAAUCGUGGCCAUAAUUUGAUUUCAUUCGCAAAAAUGUUUCCAAAGUCAACUUUUGUUGGUCAAGAUUUAACUAGUGAGGGGAUUAUGGAGGCAAAGAAAAUGUCGGCCAAUAUGGAAAAUGUAACGUUUUCCGUUCAGGAUGCUUGUGUAAAAUCAGAAACAGAUGAUGAAUCCUUUGAUUGGAUUCUUACCUGUGAUGUUAUUCAUGAUCUACCGUAUCCAGACAAAGCUUUGAAGGAAGCAUUUAGAAUUUUGAAAAAAGGAGGAUACCUCAGCAUUGUCGACAUAAACUGUCAUACUAGACAUUCGCAGAAUAAAGAUAAUAUGGUAGCACCUUUUGUCUACGGCAACUCACUUUUGCACUGUUUGCCCAUGUCCUAUUCUCUACCAGAUAGUGCUGGCCUAGGAGCCUCCUGGGGAAUUGAAAAGGCGCAAGAAAUGUUUAAAGAUUCUGGCUUUGAGUUAUACGGUAAAUUCCCAAUGCCAGAUGAUUUUGAAAUGUACUACGUACUUUCAAAAUAAAUGAUCGCUUAUAAAUAAUAAAAUAAACAAAGCAUUUUUUAAAGUGGU